GCCAUCACCAGAAGCUAUGAUGCGUGCUUUGGAAAUGUUGCACUUUUUGGGCGCCAUUGAUGAUGAAGGCGAUCUUACAGAUGUAGGCUCACGGAUGGCAGAUUUCCCGGUCGAUCCGCAUUUGAGUCGAACGAUUAUCGCCAGCUCUGAACGGAGUUGCCUCUCUGAGGUGCUUGCAGUCAUCGCAAUGCUUUCGGUGCCUCCGCCCUUCAGCCGUCCGCGGUAUGCCCAAAAGGCAGCCGACAAAGCGCAUAAGCACUUUGCUUCUGGAUACGGAGACCACCUGUCCUUGCUGAAUGCCUACCAAGCCUAUGUGGGAGCCAGCUCCAAAGCAGACUUCUGUAGGGAGCACUUUCUUUCCGACCGCAAUAUGAAGCAAGCUGAGAACGUUCGAAGGCAGCUUGCAGGCAUUGCGCGCAAGACGCAGCUGGCGGAUGAGAGCAGUGACAUGCUUACGAUGAGCAUCCGAAAGGCAUUUGUCGAAGGAUUCUUCAUGCAGUGCGCCCACUUGGAUGAGAGUGGCAAGCACUACAUGACGGUGCGAGAUCAGCAAAUGGUGGCGAUCCACCCAUCGUCGUUCUUACAGCACAAGCCAGAGUGGGUUCUGUACCAUGAGACUGUGGUCACUGAUAGGUGUUACAUGCGAAACGCGACUGCCAUUCCACCAGAGAUGCUGAUUGAGGUGUCUCCCAAGUUCUACCAUCCAGACAGGUGCAAACUUCACGACCAUGCGAAAAAGAUGUUACGUCGAGCCCUGCCACGCGCAAAGUCCACGAAAUAGCUGGAGUACCGCUUCUUGGCGCCUGGACAGUGAGCCGCGAUCCCCCAAAGUUGGAGAGGCGACGACAAAA